AUGGAAAACGAAACUCUAAAUGUCUCCUCAGUUGAUCAGACUACCACUGUUGGGACUGAACAGAUCCAGUUUGGGACUUUCCCACCAGUGAAUGUGGUUAUUCCACCUCCGAUCUCUGCUAUGUCCAAACUGCGGUUACUGGACAGAUACAUUCAGUGUCGUCUUGCUGAUGCACUAUUCAAGGUGUAUAGCAAUGUUGAGACGUCUAAAGAACUAUGGGAUUCUCUAGACAAAAAGUAUCGCACGGAAGAUGCUGGAUCUCAGAAAUACGCUGUGGCAAAAUUUCUAAAUUACAAAAUGGUGGAUUCCAGACCAAUAAUGGAUCAAGUGGGAAAGGUCGCAUGCAUCAUUGAGAAGCUUCCACCUCAUUGGACGGUCUUCAAAAACUAUCUGAAGCUGAAGAAGAAGUGGAUGAGUCUAGAAGAGCUAACCAUGAAGCUCCAUAUGGAGUCAACAAACCGAAAGAACCUCGGAACAGGCCACAAAUCCUUUGAGUGCCGCAGCAAAAAGGCUCCAAAGAAACAUGAAGCUAAUCUCGCCUAUCCAGACAUGUGUGCGAUGAUCACUGAAGCAAAUGUUGCUAAAAGCCAUCCCAAGGCUUGGUGGUUCGAUACUGGUGCAACCAGGCACAUUUGCUUGGACAGGUCAAUGUUCUCUGCCUACACCAAGAACAAGAGUUAUGAGAAGCUAUUUAUGGGAAACUCUGUGACAUCAAAGAUUGAAGGUUAUGGGAAAGUUGUUCUGAAGCUUACCUCUGUACGUGAGCUCACCCUAACACAUGUGGUCCAUGUGUCGGACAUGCGCAAGAAUUUGAUCUCUGGAUCUCUCAUGAGUAAGCAUGGAUUUACCAAUAAGUUAGAGGCGGAUAAGCUGGUGCUAUCCAAGAAUGGGAUGUAUAUGGGGAAAAGAUACACCAAAAGUUAUGGGUUGCACUACGGUAAAGAAGCAGCAGUCUUAGAAGGCUAUAGUGAUGCCAACUGUGUUUCAGAUUCUAAGAAUUCGAAAUCAACAAGUGCAUAUGUCUUUAAACUUGGUGGUGCAGCAGUAUCCUGGAAAUCUUCCAAACAGACUCUGUUGGCCAGAUCAACCAUGGAAUCUGAGUUUAUAGUACGAGACAAAGCCGCAGAGGAAGCAGAGCGGCUUCAGAAUUUUUUGGAAGAUAUCCCGCUGUGA